GGCCCCGGCCACCGACGUGUACGUGUCGGGCGGGCGACAGCGCUAAAAGUAAAAGAAGUGACGAGCUCGACGACGGCGCGACAUCGGCGACACGAAAACUGAAAACUUUUACGCCACCCGUGAGACACCCGCCGCUGUUUUCGUGUGUUGAAGUUCGAAAGUCAAGAAAUCAAGACGUGAGAAACCGAAUUGAGAAUUAAUCGAAGUUGGUUAUAAUGAAAUCAGUGAAUUAGCGCAAAAAUAAGUGAAUAUAAGUGUUUUAUUGUGAGUGACUUAAGACCGGAACAAAAUGUUGGAGUUUUUUCCAAAUCUACAGUUGAAUCAUGUCAUGAUUCCCGAUAAUAAUCAAAACGAAUGCAAUGGACGAACAGAUGGAACACUUAUAAAAUGCGAGAAGACGUAUGAGAUGUGCGAAGGCUGCGGGCAGAAAAUUCACGACCGAUAUUUGAUGCGAGUUGGAGAUGCAAGCUGGCACGAACAUUGUUUAUCUUGCAGUAUUUGCGGCGUCCUUCUGAAUCACUCCUGCUACACGAGGAAUACAAAAUUAUAUUGUAAAUCGGAUUACGAUAGAAUAUUUGGAGUUAAAUGCACGCGCUGCGGUGACCGCCUCCUUCCACAAGAGAUGGUAAUGCGAGCGCAGCAACACGUUUACCACCUACCUUGUUUCGUGUGCGUGGUGUGUUGCCAACCACUACAAAAAGGCGAGCAGUUUGUACUACGCGCCGGGCAAUUAUUCUGUCGACAAGACUACGAAAAAGAAAUGUACCUUAUGCAACAAGCUGCCGGUUCGGGUGACGACGAUUUGCUCGAUGAAAACACGCGUCCUCGUGAUGGCCGCCGUGGACCGAAACGUCCCCGCACUAUUCUCACAUCUGCACAGCGUCGGCAAUUCAAAGCUUCGUUCGAAGUCAGCCCGAAACCGUGUCGCAAGGUGCGUGAAGCGCUCGCCAAGGAUACAGGACUAAGUGUGCGCGUCGUACAAGUAUGGUUUCAAAAUCAACGCGCCAAGAUGAAGAAGAUUCAACGCAAGGCAAAGCAAGACGAUGGGAAAACUUCAGCGGGCGAUAAGGAUAAAGGUGAUAAGGAUGACGACUGCAAGCGGCGCGAGAGCUCACCGCACAGUGAUCGUGGUCGUUAUGGGUUCGCACAACCGCUCAACCCUAACAUGCCAUACUCACCGGACGAUGCGUAUCCAGCACAUUCGGGUGAAAGCUUCUGUAGUUCAGAUAUUUCCUUGGAUGACAGCACGAAUUUCGACCAUCUUGAUGAAGGCACUUCCGAUACACUGUCACUGCAGAAUUUAGAACUCCAAUCAAGUCACCAGAUGGCGCAUGAUGGCAUCAGCACCAGUGGUGUGAUUGCGAAUCCCAUCGACAAACUCUACCUCAUGCAGAAUUCCUAUUUCAACACCGAGCAAUAAUAAAACUCAUCGAGUUUUAAACAAAACUGAAACAGAAAGGUUUCAAGUCUAGUCAUUCAAAUGCACAACGGCAAAUUACAAUAUAUUAUGCGUAUAAUUUAUUGAAUAAGUGUACAUAUUUCUGAUUUCGGUGCAUUGUAAAUAUUGUCAUGCAGCGUUGCGUGUUUUUUGAGAUUAAACUAUAAAUAUUUGUGAUGAUAAAACCUUAUUAAGCCAAAGCGAAUUAUAGCAAAUGUAAAUAAAUAAAUAUAUUAUGCAUUUACGAAAUAUAUAAAUAUAAAAAUAUUUAAAAGUGCUAGGAAUAAGAUUUCUUAGAUAUUGAAUUGUCACAUAUUUUAAAUAAACUUUAACAAAGGA